CGCGGGUAUAUCGGACAUGCGCACUUUGACCCUGAUGGCUUGACAAAGUCCGCUGUUCUUUAUCAACUAGCUAGCCAACGUUGAACUGUAUUGUCUUUAUUUAUUUGUUUGUUUGUUAUAUUACCCAGCGAAUAUAUCUGUUCGUUGAUUGAUUUAUAUUAUAACUCAUUUAAAGGUAGGGAGCGCUGUAAAGGCGUUUAGAACCCAAUGGUGAUCAUAGACAACUGUUAAUAGAUCUUUCUGACAAAUUCCACUGCAGAGGUUUCUAAAGGUGGUUUAAAGAGAAAUGGGAAAGCGGUAUCAUUGCGAUUACUGUAAUCGCAGCUUCCAAGACACACUGCACAACAGAAAGAAACAUCUGAAUGGCGUCCAGCACCACAGAGCAAAAAAAGCUUGGUUCGACAACUUCCGAGAUGCAGCUGCAGUUCUCCAGGACGAGAGAGCAAAACAAGCGUGCAGGAAGUUUCUGCAGACAGGUCAGUGUGUAUUUGGCCCCAGCUGCCGGUACUCUCAUAUGUCUGAACAGGAUAUGAAGAAUUUGGAGCAACAUAUUAAUGCAGAAUCAAAACUGCACGAGGUGGACUUGGACCAAGAGGAACCCUCCAUUAAACCUUCACUAGAGGAGUGGCUUUCCAGGAGAGAGAAAAGGGCGGCUCUGUCAUCAGGAAGUGUAUUAAAACUGGAAGAAGAAACUGAAGUUAAAGAUACUGAAGUUCCAACGUUUCUGCUUUCCAUGCCAGAUCUUCCUCCAUCACUUCUUCCCCUGCAUGCUGAAGGAUGGAGAGGCAAAGUCCAUAAUGACUGGGGUUGAAAAACUUUGUGUGCAAAAUACAGUCGUUUAACACUGUGACCAUAGAUUUGUGGACACUUGACCAUCAUUCACUGAAAACACACACACGUGCACGCACUCAGUCUAAUAUGAGUGUCAAGUCAAGUCAAGUCACCUUUAUUGUCACAUCACCACGGCACAUGUGCCUAGGUGAGUGAAAUUCUUCUGCAAUUUCUGGAGCUCGCUCCCAAGAAUUUCACUCACCUAGGCACAUGUGCCGUGGUGAUGUGACAAUAAAGGUGACUUGACUUGACUUGACACUCAUAUUGGACUGGAAUAUGUUACAGUCUACAGGCACAAUAGAGACUGAAUAGAACAAAACACAAAUUCGGUCACCAAUUCGGUCAGUAAAAACAACCGAUGAACACCACUAAUUUUAAUUAAAUUGCUCACAUGAUAUCUAGCACAUUUCAGCACACUGUAGUUCACAAAUUAUUGGAAUAAUCAUAUAUAACAAUACUUUCAUAUUUUGUUAUUCUUGAUGGCCACAUAAUGAUAUUUUGUCAAUUUAAACAUGCUUAAAAAUUAAAUAUAUAUAAAUCUUGCAGCUAAAAAAUAUAGUUUAAAAAGUGUGAACAGAUUUUUCUUCAGAUUUACUUCACCUGUCUCACUUGUAUAAUUUAACUAUAUGCAUGUUACAUAAUAUUGCUCAAACAGAUGAGUAUAAACACUAUUAUUGCUGUCAAAUUAUGUUUUUGAUGUCCUGAUAACUUUUUUAUGAAGUUUAUUAAAUAUAGCUCGGUUCCACAGUAAUGUCAUAUACGUUUGCCUAUUUUAAAAUCAAAUGCUAAUUCUGACAUGAUACAAUAUAUUAGUCAAAACAUUACAUAUAUGUGCACCUGCAAACAUUGAUUGCAUCAGUCAAUAAAAUAACAAUAAUAAUCUCA